AGUAAAUAUGUAAAAUAGCUUCUUCUUCAGUGUACCCUUUUGCAGAAGACGAGAGAAUCAGAGACACAAUCUCUAAUCCAAACCCCCGAAACCCUAAUCCCAACAAUUUCCCCCUCUCUUCCUAAUCCCCAAUCCCCAAAAUUCACAUCCAUCGAUAAAGCUUGAAUCUUUUCUAGGUUUUUGAAGAGCCCAGUAAAAAAAAUGCUAGGCGGGCUCUACGGCGACCUCCCGCCGCCGUCGUCGGUGGACGAAGAAAACAAACCCACCAACUCCACGGUGUGGUCGAGCAGCACCAAAAUGGCGCCCCAGACUCUCCGCAAGCCCUCUUCGAUUUUCGCGCCACCGCAGACGAUCCUCAAAUCCCAGACCAAGCCCAAACCGUCGGCGAGCUCGGCGGUUUCCAAAAUCGCCGCGGCGUCUCCGGUGGCCGCGCCGGUGAUGCACAGCGACGUGUCGGUGCAGCCGGCGCUGGUGGGCGUCACGUCGACGGUGCUGGAGGAGUACGAUCCGGCGAGGCCGAAUGACUACGAGGAGUACCGGAGGGAGAGGAAGAAGAAGGCGAUGGAGGCCGAGGUGAGGAGAGAGCUCGAUCGGAGAAGACAGGAGGAGGAGGAGAAGGAGAGGAGAGAGAGGGAGGAGAGAGAAAGAGAAAGAGAGAGGGAUAGGGAUAGGGAUUUCGGAGAUUCGAGGCUGAACAUUUCCGGCGAGGAAGCGUGGAGGCGGAGGGCGGCGAUGAGUGGCUCAGCGGCGGUGCCGGAAGCUCCAAGGUCACCGUCUCCGCCGAGCAAUGCGGAUGGUUUUACUAUAGGAAAGUCGGAGAGUGGAGGAUUGGGUGUGGGAGCUGGAGGUCAAAUGACUGCAGCUCAGAGAAUGAUGGCGAAAAUGGGGUGGAAGCAGGGGCAGGGGCUUGGGAAGCUAGAGCAGGGGAUUACUACUCCUUUGAUGGCCAAGAAGACGGAUAGGAGAGCCGGGGUGAUUGUGAAUGCUAGUGAAACAAAGCCGGAGAAGAAGGCCAAGGGUGUCAAUCUUAAUGGGCCACCCACUCGGGUAUUGUUGCUUAGAAACAUGGUGGGACCGGGUGAGGUGGAUGACGAGUUAGAAGAUGAAGUAGCAUCAGAGUGUGCAAAGUAUGGUACAGUGACCCGGGUGCUCAUAUUUGAGAUAACAGAGCCAAACUUCCCAGUGGAUGAAGCAGUAAGAAUCUUUGUGCAGUUUGAGAGACCUGAAGAAACAACCAAAGCAUUGGUUGACCUUGAUGGUCGAUAUUUUGGAGGUAGAGUGGUCCGUGCCUCAUUCUAUGAUGAGGAGAGGUUUGGUAACAAUGAAUUGGCUCCAAUGCCAGGAGAAAUCCCUGGUUUCACUUGAUUUACAGAAUCUGUCUGCGAGUUAACUUUCCUUCAUCUGUAGAGUUACUAGAAAUACAAGGUAGUCUUGGAUUCACAUUGCCAUGGCUAGAGUUAGAAUGUUACUUGCUGGCAGUUGUGGCAUCCAAACUUGUAGUAGCUUUACUUUUGUGGACAUCAAGCUGAUGUAACUAUAACUAUAAACUACAUGAGGUGAAGCAAAUGUUAUAAUUGCGCAAAGCUCUAGUGCUUGACCAAUUUUGAUUGUGAAA